GUCGCCUCACCGGCAGCCGCGGCUCGGGGAAGGACGGACGGAGCCGGGGCCGGGAGCCGCCGGGGCAGGGCUCGGGAGAGCUGGCCCCACCAUGAGGCCCCAGCCCCGCCGGAGCCCGCGCGCUCCCCGGGCCCUGGGCGCACCGUGCUAGCCCCCAGCCGGGGUGUGGAGAGGCGCGGUGGCCAUGGCCAGCCACGUGGACCUGCUGACGGAGCUGCAGCUGCUGGAGAAGGUGCCCACGCUGGAGCGGCUGCGGGCCGCCCAGAAGCGCCGGGCUCAGCAGUUGAAGAAGUGGGCCCAGUAUGAGCAGGACCUGCAGCACCGCAAGCGCAAGCACGAGCGGAAGCGCAGCACUGGCGGCCGGAGAAAGAAGGUGGCCUUCGAGGCCAGUGUGGCCCUGCUGGAGGCCUCCCUGAGGAAUGACGCCGAGGAAGUACGCUACUUCCUGAAGAAUAAGGUCAGCCCUGAUUUGUGCAACGAAGAUGGACUCACAGCCCUGCACCAGUGCUGCAUCGACAACUUUGAGGAGAUUGUCAAGCUGCUCCUUUCCCAUGGUGCGAACGUGAACGCCAAGGACAACGAGCUGUGGACGCCCCUGCAUGCCGCAGCCACCUGCGGCCACAUCAACCUGGUGAAAAUCCUCGUGCAGUAUGGGGCCGACCUGCUUGCUGUUAACUCCGACGGGAACAUGCCGUAUGACCUCUGUGAGGAUGAGCCCACGCUGGAUGUCAUUGAGACAUGCAUGGCAUACCAGGGCAUCACUCAAGAGAAAAUCAACGAGAUGCGGGCAGCUCCCGAGCAGCAGAUGAUUUCGGAUAUCCACUGUAUGAUUGCAGCAGGCCAGGACCUUGACUGGAUAGAUGCCCAGGGUGCCACGCUGCUGCACAUAGCUGGAGCCAAUGGAUACCUGCGUGCAGCCGAGCUCCUCCUGGACCACGGAGUGCGUGUGGAUGUGAAAGACUGGGAUGGCUGGGAGCCACUGCACGCGGCUGCCUUCUGGGGACAGAUGCAGAUGGCAGAGCUAUUGGUAUCCCACGGGGCCAGUCUCAGUGCUAGGACAUCCAUGGAUGAGAUGCCAAUAGACCUGUGUGAGGAGGAGGAGUUCAAGGUCCUACUGUUGGAGCUAAAACACAAGCACGACGUGAUCAUGAAGUCACAGCUGAGGCACAAGUCGUCCUUGAGCCGGAGGACGUCCAGUGCAGGCAGCCGUGGGAAGGUGGUGCGUCGAGCCAGCCUGUCGGAUAGGACCAACCUGUACAGGAAGGAGUAUGAGGGAGAGGCCAUUCUGUGGCAGCAGCGGAGUGCGGCCGAGGAUCAGCGGACCUCGACCUACAACGGGGACAUCAGGGAGACCAGGACAGAUCAAGAGAAUAAGGACCCAAACCCCCGGCUAGAGAAGCCUGUGCUACUCUCUGAGUUUCCUACGAAGAUCCCACGAGGUGAAAUGGACGUGCCUGUUGAGAAUGGCCUCCGGGCCCCGGUCAGUGCCUACCAGUAUGCACUGUCCAACGGGGAUGUGUGGAAGGUGCACGAGGUGCCCGACUACAACAUGGUCUACAGCAGCCCUGGUGUGGCCAAUGCCACCCCACCCUGGAGUGGCUACAAGGAACAGAGUCCCCAGACACUUCUGGAGCUGAAGCGGCAGCGGGCUGCAGCUAAGCUGCUCAGCCACCCCUUCCUGAGCACCCACCUGGGCAGCAGCAUGGCCAGGACGGGCGAGAGCAGCAGCGAAGGCAAGGCCCCCUUGAUCGGAGGCAGAACUUCACCGUACAGCAGCAAUGGGACAUCAGUGUAUUACACGGUCACCAGCGGAGAUCCCCCACUCUUGAAGUUCAAGGCCCCCAUGGAGGAGAUGGAGGAGAAGGUCCACGGCUGCUGCCGCAUCUCCUAGUCACCAUGUGAUGGAGGAAAGAGAUGCUUCAGGGACGGGUCCUUGGAAUCCAGGCCAGCCCAGCAACCCUGGCUGGGGAGGCUUCAGAGGGCAGCCGCGGGGAGGUGGACUCUGCUUUCCUGAGGAACGCUGACCCCACCUCUCAGCUAGCUGCCCAUAGCACCACCCCUUCCCAUGGUUCUGCUUCCUGCUGCAUUGUCUGCUAUCAGAAACAAGGCCUCUAGUGGCUUCUUGGCUCACCCUGCUGUCAGAGUUUGGGAGGGAGGGCUGGGAUUCCAGUUCUGUUAUUGGGAAAGGCUUCUCUGGACCAGUACUCACAUGUCACACAUCAACACAUACACACACUCAUGUACACGCACGCUCAAUCAACAUGUGUGGGAAUGAUAGCUGGGCUCAUGGAAGCAGGUGGGACUGAGAAUUUGUGGACUAUUCCCCCAAAAAUUGAGGUUAAGACUCAGAGUUAUGUCACCACUGCCAAUGUGACUUUAGCAGGAGAGGAGGCCUGCUAAGCUGGGACCCAGAGUCCUGCCAUGUUCUGGGCCACCAUCCACAUCAGGCAGGAGCAGGAAGUCCUCUCUGUGUUCAGAGGGAGCCAUGAACCCACCUGGGUAGAUGAGAUACAGGCCUUCUCCCCACAGCCGUGCUCGUGCCAGGAGCCAGCUGUGUGACCACCCAGAGGUCAAGGUCGAAAACCAGGCUAUUCCAUUCCUAGAAUAAUCCAAAUCACAUUUUGCAAUUGGAUGGAAGCAUCAGAAAGUGGAGGGGCAUCUUUUAAGAUGCAAAACUCUAAGUGAGAGGUAACUGAAUUUGGCUGCCUUCAUGGAUAGUCUCUUGGUCACUAGGUUCUACUGACUAGUAUUGGAAAAUGAGCUCAGUGAGGAGCUUCAGUUGGUAGGGCUUUUCCAAGAAAAGUGAGUUCAUGUUGGUAAUUUCUACAGAUGUGUCUGGUAACCAUGGCAGAGCCCAGUGCCCUGGCUGAUGUUUGUGAAUUUCCAGACAGUUUCAGUUCAGCCUGUCUCUGCUGGCCCUCCUUGGACUGAGCCAUCAGAGUGAGCAGUGAGGGGCUGGCUGUAGCUGCCCACCCAUCCCAGGCCUAGCUUUGCCUUUUCUGGAAUGCUCGGUGAGACAAGCUUGUCAGUUAGCCCUUGUGGGUUCCCGCCUGGCCCAGGGGCUCCCAGCCUGCUCCAGCCGGAGUGGUGAUGCCCCAAGGCUGCAAACCCAAGGUGCCCAUGGCCAACACCCUGCAUUGCAUUCAGAACAGUGGAGUUGGGGCUAGAGCUGUGUCCCACCCAAGCCCUACAACUUUAUAGGCCCAAUCUCCCUGAUGCUGGGGAGGUUGGACCUCCAGGGGCAGGCUGCCCAUCGCCUCUCCACACAUUCUCUCAUGAGCCCCUUUGAAAUUGUCACCAUGAGUUAGGCGCUGUCCACAGGCUCAGCCAAAACCUAUUGGUAUAACUAACAAGCAGGUUUGGUCCCUGCUCUGUGAGCCUUUUAUUUGUCCUAAAACUACCUCUUUAGAGCUCUGAAGGGGCCCCCUAGAUCCAGAUUCUGUGAUUUGGGGAACAAACUGGGAUUCCCUUUAACCCUCUUCUUUCUGAGCCUAUGAAAAAUUCUCCCUGAGAGGCACCUGGGCCACGGGGCUGGGGCUGGGGCUGGAGAAGCCCCGCCUUUUGCCACAACCCUAAUGGGUCUGCUCUUUGUCAGUCUCAGUCCCCACUGUGGACCUCGUGGCCCCCAUAACCCACAGAGGGAGCUGGGUCCCUGGGAACCUGGCCAAUGCUUUACCAAGAGCAGGGCAGCUGGCCCAGAGAGCAUGGGGCACAGGGGGAGUCACUGUGCCCCUGGUGGCUCUUGGAUGCAUGGAGGGUCAAAUCAUCAGGCCACCUACACCCCAGCUCCAGGACAGAUCCAGUCUAGGGUGGAGGGGCUGGUCAGGGGACUGCAGACAGAUGUGUAUGAUGCUUCCCACAUCCCUGGGGGCAUGGAGCAGGCUCUCUAGCAUAUCAGCCUAUGGCUGGAGCAGGGCAGGGAUGAUCUAAAAGACAUAUACCUUUGGCUUUAAAACAGUGUUCAGAUCAGACUAACACUGAAAUUCCUCUUGAGCCGACUUAAGCUGCAAGCUGAGGAGCGCCGAGAAGCCACAGCUCCUCAGGAGAGAGCUGUGCAGGUUUUUGGAUCUCUUUGCUCAGAGGCCAGAAACUGGAGGUAUUUAUGGCCCACUCUGAGCCCUUCUGGCCACGCCCUCUUUCUCCCUUGCUUCCUGCCUCCUGGGCCAUUCUUCUCCCACCCAGAAGGCUGGGAACUCCAGUUCAUUCCCCAACAGGAGCCAACUGCAGACUCUUGGGCACUAGCUCACAUUUUCAGUCAGGGAUAAACCAUUCCCUGUUAGGGCUUUAGGUGCCUGGGGUACUCUCCCUGUUGGUUUCUUGGGUAUUGAAGGAAAGGCUGGGGCCAAGGUCAUCCAUUUAUUCACUCAUGUAGUUUAUUGAGUAGCUGUGACAUACCAGGCACUAUGUUAGGUUCUGGGGAUGAAAGAGGACCGAGACAGAGUGAAGAGACUGCUCUCUACAGUGGGUGUUAGCAGCAGCCCAUUCAAGUCACCUGAGACAAUGACUGUAUCCUGGCCCAGCGUCACUUUGCUUUUCAGUUCCUGGACUCCCUAGAGUAUGAAUCCUAUUAGGUGGGAAACAGCUGUCAUGGCCACCCUUGGGAGACGUUUGCCCCUAAACAUGCUGGAUCUUGCAUUCCAGGCAGACACCAUCCCAAGUCCAUGCGGAACUCUCAGGGAUAGAGCUGCCUUCAGGCCAGCAUCUUUGGGGCACUAUAUAAUAGCAGUUUGAGGUCAGUGUCUAGGAGAAUAAGGAGUGGAAUAUACUGUCCAGUGCAUCUCAGGUUCUUAAACUCAGUGUCUCUUGCUCAUUUUUGGUCACUUAUAUAGUCUUCCUGCCCCACCAAUGGGUACUGGGAGGGAAAGGAGCUUCUCUGUUAACAUUGAAGCCUUUCCUCAUGAUUCUGCCUCUUUUCCUGGCAGGCAUAUAGAUCAAGGGGCUGGGAGAAAGCUGGCAAGGUCGGCCAAUUGCCCAGCUCCUGCUGAGACCCAGGUCUAGUGGCAGUUCCUGGCAGAUUAAAGGAGGUUACUUCCCAAGCAGGUGCCACGUGGCUCACUGUGAGCUCUGGCCCUUAUUCCCACCCUAUGCCCCAGACAAUUGAAGAUUGGUGGCUAUCACCAGAUAGUCAUCAGUGGCUGACCAGUACCUGAGGGAAGCUGAAUGAACCCUAGACCCAGGUCUACUGAAGACUUCAGGAUGUAAUUCUCCAUCAAAUAUGCAGCAUUGAUGAAACUGCACUGUUUGAGCAAUUUAAAUGGCCUUGGUAACUUAACGAGGGUGUGUCCCCUGUCCUAUCCUACCACAGUUUUCUGGCUUUGUAAUAACAUGAGACCAUUUGGGUUAUUGGUAUCAGAUACCAUUUGAUCUUGAGUGUCUCUCCCACCUGCUUUCCCAGAGCAAGAUACCGGGGCACUUUCCAGAAGGCGCUCCUUACAAGAUGAUCAGAAGGACCAUGUUUAACUCUUGCUGUUGUAGCCUGGGGGACAACUUCCCCUUCCCCAGGGCACAUAAGAGCAAAGGGUCAUGUGGUCAGUGGAUAACCCCACAGAAGUGACCGUGUUUGCCAAAAGCUAUAGCCCUUUCCUUGACAAGAGUCUCUCGCUGGCCAGUUGGCCAGAGGGCCUGCUUCCUAAGGGCACGUAAAUGCCGCAGUGCGGGGCCGGGCUCUGCGCACCCAGGAAAAGUCUGCAGACCCCCAGCCCUCCGCAAUAAUUCACCAGACCAGAAGCCACUGAUGUACAGAGAAAACUUAAGAAAAAUGUAUUUUAUGUGAAAAGAAGUUAACUCUGUAUACUGUAUCAGCAGCUUUGUGUAAAAAAUGGCAAUCAAGAGAGUCUAAUAUAUUUAAAACGUUUUUUAAAAAAAAUCUUCGCAGAUCUUUGAUAUUGUAUUGAAGUCACUUACAGGUAGCUCCUCACCAUGUGGCAGUGGUGGGCCUCAUGUCCAAGAUCAUGGCCCAAUCACAUCCCAAAGGGGCAUGUCCCUGGAGUUGCUUCCAGCUGCCAAGGCCUGUGACAGA